CGUGAGGAAGAAAUAUCUUGUGAAGAUUCUCUCCCUACCAGAAAGAAAGAAAUGACAUCGGAAGAACCGUUUUCUGCCCGUGAACAAGAAAGCCUCAAUGCCUUUACCUAUACUGAUCCCGUGCAUGAAGAUUGUGAACAGGAUGGUUCAAAUUCUGAAGUAAAUAUCCCGAAUAAAUUUGACCAAGUUGCCACUACAAGUUCACCACUUGCUUUAAAUGGAAACCCAGAAUUGUGGAAGGGCAUGAAAAAUUGUGAGGGAAACGACACUGAUGAUGCAUCUCCUUAUGAAUAUAAUUUUAAUAUUAGGCCUAGUAAAGAGGGACCUUUUCCAGAUGGUGAUGUGGAUGUUAAAGAGUUCUUAGAGAAUGUUGAGGCUGUUACAGCUAAACUGGGAGAAGUCUUGUUAGACAAUAAUUUUGUUUCUCCGGGCAAGCUAAGUAGUUUUGACUUAGAAGCUGAAAGUUCUAUUGCCAGUUCCAUUUCAAAGAGCCCUGCAAUAUAUGUCAACCCUUUUGGAACUAAAUGCCUUUCUGAAACUUCAAUUGUUCACAGUUCUCUUCCAAAUAAAAAAGCAUAUGUUAAACAUGCAGUGGAUAUACUAAAGAUGGAAUCCCAUGACAAAGUUGCCAAAACAACUUUGCCAGAUGCUUUAGAAGGAAAUCUAGAAUUGUGGAAAUGCUCGGAAAAAUGUGAGGCAAACAAUACUAAUGCCGCUUCUUCUUAUGAAAGUGAUUGUAGUUAUAAUGGGCAUGCCGAGGCAGAACCCUGUCAAGGUGGCGAUAUCAAUGUUAGGGAUUUCUUAGAGAAUGCUCAGGGUGCUACAUCAAAGCCCAGUGAAGCCUUGGAGAAGAUUGAUGUUGUUUCUCCAAGCAAGCAAAGUCGUAUUGCUUUCGUAAGUGAGAAAAAUUCUACUGCCAGCUGCAGUCCAGUGAAGUACAAACUACAUAACAACAUAACUAACAGUCCUGCGAAAGAUACCAAGCAUUUCAGAAAUCAUUGUUUAUCUGAAGCUUUAGAUGGUCAGACUUCUCUUAUAAUCAAAGAAGCUCUUGCUACACCUACUGUAGAUGUAUUAAAGACGGAAUCACCUGAAGUUGGCAUAACAAGUUUGCCAGAUGCUUUAGAAGAAAAGCUUGAAUUUUCGAAAGGCAUGGAAAGCUGUGUGGCAAACAAUAUUAAAGGUGAUGACAUCGCUAUCAGGAAAUUUGAUGAUGGUGCUACAACUAGGCCUGGAGAUGUCUUGGCGAAGAUAAAAUUUCUUUCUCCCAGUAAGCGAAGUAGUAUUGACUUGGAAGAUGAGCGAAAUUUGAGUACCAGUUGCAUUUGGAAGAAGGCCAAAUUAAACAGCAAUAUAACUAACGGCCCAGCCAGAGAUACCAAACAUUUUGGAACUGAAUGCCUCUAUGAAACCUUAGAUGAAAACCCAGAAUUGUGGAAGGGCAUGGAAAGUUGUGAGGGAAACUACACUGAAGAGGCUUCUCCUUACGAAUGUAAUUUUUAUAUUAGGCCUUCUGAAGAGGUAACUUGUCCAGAUGGUGAUGUGGAUGUUAAAAAGUUCUUAGAGACUGUUCAGGGUGUUACAGCUAAACCGGGACAAGUCAUGGUGGACAAUAAUUAUGUUUCUCCAGGCAAGCCAAGUACUUUUGAAUUAGAAGCUGAAAGUUCUAUUGGCAGUUGCAUUUCAAAGAGCAAAGUAAAUAACAGUAUAACUAACUGUCCUGCAAUAUAUGUCAACCCUUUUGGAACUAAAUGCCUUGCUGAAACUUCAGUUCUUCACAGUUCUCUUCCAAAUAAACAAGCAUAUGCUAAACAUACAGUGGAUAUAUUAAGGAUGGAAUCCCAUGACAAAGUUGCCAAAACAACUUUGUCAGAUGCUUUAGAAGGAAAUUUAGAAUUGUGGAAAUCCUUGGAAAAAUGUGAGGCAAGCAAUAUUAAUGCCGCUUCUUCUUAUGAAAGUGAUCGUAGUUAUAAUGGGCAUGCCGAGGCAAAACCUGGUCAAGGUGGUGAUGUCAGUGUUAGGGAUUUCUUAGAGAAUGCUCAGGGUGCUACAUCAAAGCUCAGUGAAGGCUUGGAGAAGAUUGAUGUUGUUUCUCCAAGCAAGCAAAGUCGUAUUGAUUUAGUAAGUGAGAGAAAUUCGAGUGCCAGCUGCAGUCCAGUGAAGUCCAAACUACAUAACAGCAUAACUAACAGUCCUGUGAAAGAUACCAAGCAUUUUAGAAAUCAUGGUUUAUCUGAAGCUUUAGAUGGUCAGACUUCUGUUAUCAUCAAAGAAGCUCUUGCUACACAUACUAUGGAUGCAUUAAAGACAGAAUCACCUGAAGUUGCCAUAACAAGUUUGCCAGAUGCUUUAGAAGAAAAGCUCGAAUUUUCGAAAGGCAUGGAAAGCUGUGUGGCAAACAAUAUUAAAGGUGAUGACAUCGCUAUCAGGGAAUUUGAUCAAGGUGCUACAACUAGGCCUGGAGAUGUCUUGGCAAAGAUAAAAUUUCUUUCUCCCAGUAAGCGAAGUAGUAUUGACUUGGAAGAUGAGCGAAAUUUGAGUACUAGUUGCAUUUGGAAGAAGGCCAAAUUAAACAGCAAUAUAACUAACAGCCCAGCCAGAGAUACCAAACAUUUUGGAACUGAAUGCCUCUAUGAAUCCCAGGACGGUUCUAUACAUGGAGCUGAUACCCUUGUUCAUCCUAUUCCAUCUGAAGUCAAAGAUCCACUUGAGGAGAUCAGCCAGAAGUCAGUUAACUUCUGUAUCUCCAGCCGCAAGUUCGCCAAGUCCAACAUUCUUAAUACACCAACAGCUCAUCCUGCUGGGAUCUCUUCUGUAGGUCUUAUAAGGGACAAGAACAACACACAAAAUACAAAGAAAAAGUUCUCUUCCAAGCGCAAAAUUAGGAAUUCUGCCUCGGCCGGCUCUAUCAGACGACCUCUGCAAACUGUCACCAAUCGAAUGAAUGAAUAACCUUUAUUUUUAUCCUUUCUAUGUGCAUGAUUUUUUUAUCAGCUAUUCUGUUAGGUCUUAAGCUUCGAAGAGAAUCUGUACACUUAUGUGCUAAUUAAUGUGAAGAA